GCUGGGGGAGGGCAGGGAGCUUUCCUGACAGGAGCCCCACUCACCUCCAGAUUCCUGGGAGACCCUUCCCCACUCCCUCAGACCCAUCCCAUGGAGUCACAGAGCAGCCCACAUCUGAAGGGACAGGAAGCCAGCCUUCCUGAGUCCACUCAAAAGAAUCACCAUCUGCUUCCUCUAUAUACCUCAGCCUGGCAGAGGGAUUGAAAUGAAGGCAUCAUGGCUGCUUGUCCUGCUGUGGAGUCUGUGGAGUGGAGGCCUGGGCCUCACCCACACCCGGGCCCCAGGUGAAGAUGACAAUGCCCCUGAGAAUGGGACCUCUGCCUUCAUGGUUCUAGAAGAGACACAAGAUCCCCAAACGCUACCAAGUACCCAUGUCGUGGUGCCAGAGAAGGCCACCACUCCUGAGUCAAGAACUGCAAGGGAUAGUCUUCAGAACUCAACACAGCCUCCCCGGGGGCCAGGAGACCCUCCUGAGGGUAUGACAGGCCAUACUUUCUCUCCCCCAGGACAGAGGACAGAGCAAAGGGUGCUGGGAUUAGCAACGCUGUCUCCCUUGGGUGAACCUCCCACCCAGCCCAGUCCCAGAGCUGAGUUGGGGGUCUUGUCUAAUUCCACACUGAGAUUCCUUCAGAGCUUUGCCAGGAUGCCUAGGCCACAAGCCACCUCUCAGACCUCAGGUGGAAGCCCCGGAGGCCUCGGAGACCGAUACACCCGGCACAUAGAUCUCAGCAGAGGAGACAGCAGCAGACUCCAGAGGGCCAGCCAUCAAAAGCCCAGCUUUGAAACCACCAGAGGAAAGAACUGGUGUGCCUAUGUGCAUAGCAGAUUAUCUCCUACAGUUAUUCUAGACAACCAAGCCAUGUAUGUUUCCAGCGGGGCAGGACCAUGUGGCUGGGCCAGAGGGUCAUGUUCUCAGAGACCUCAGAAGGUGUCUAGACCUGUCUACAGGAUGCAACAUAAGAUUGUCACCUCAUUGGAGUGGAAGUGUUGCCCUGGGUUCAGUGGAGCUCAGUGUGAAAUGAAAGCCCAGGACCAACAGCACCUGCUCCACAGCAGCCAGGCUGAGAGUCACACAGCAGCUGGCAGAGGGACCCUGGAGGAGCAGCAGAUGCAGGACUGCAGGAACCCAGAAGUAGCCCAGAAACUGGCUGACCAGAUGAACCAGCAGGCUGUAAGGAUGAAUCUCUUGCAAAAGCAGAUGGACAAUAUUUCUCUGGCUGUGAGUGACUUCAGGAGCACGUAUUCCUCCUUAGAAGAAAAGCUCAAUGAAGAUAAAGGCAGGGAAGUGCAAUCUUUCCUAAAAGUCUUAAAAUCCAAAAGCAUGAGUGAUUUUGUGAAGGACGUGGUAAGAGAACAAUUACAAAUCUUUCAGAAUGAGAUGCAAGAGACAGUAGCUCAGCUCUUCAAGACUGUAUCGCGUCUCUCCGAGGACCUGGAGAACACCAGACAGUCAAUUCAACAAGUGAAUGAAUCCCUGGUCCUCUUAGCAGCCCAGCAACAGUCUAUAUUAAAGGAGGAAAAGAGGCCCACUUCUGCUGACAUCUUGGAUCUGAAAAAUCAGGUUGUAAAUAUAAGCAAAGAGAUGGCUUUCACAUGUGUGAAGCCUAUUAAAGAACUGAUGACCAAACAGGCUGUCUUUCAAGGGGCUCUGGAAAUGGAGCACACUAGAAGUCUUCUGUAUUUUGAAUCCCUCAAUCAGACUCUUGUGAAAAUGAAAGCAGUCCACGAGCAUCUAUUAUCAGAGGCACAAGCAGCAGGUCCCAGGAGUGUACCUACUGCUGAGACCAUCAACAGCAAUGCUACUGCCUACCUUUCCACUCUCCAGGAGGAUAUCAGGAGGCAGGGCUUGCUUGUGCUACAGGUGUCUGAUAGUCUAUACACCCAAGAGAACAAGAUCAACUCUCUCACCCUUGCCUUAGAGAGGGAGAAAGAAGCUGUCAGGGAAGAGUGUGAAAACAUGGUUUCCAAAUGCAGAAGUGAUUUUAAAUUUCAAAUCCAGGAUACAGAAGAGAAUGUACAGGUCUUAAACCAGACGCUGGCUGAGGUCCUCUUUCCAAUGGACAGCAGGCUGGACAAGAUGGAUGAGCAACUCAGUGACCUGACUUAUGAUAUGGAGAUCCUGCAGCCCUUACUAGAGCGGGGCAUGUCCUUCAGGGAGACCAAGGAGCAACCCAAGGAGGAAGUGGCCACAAAGAGAAAGGUAGAUAACCUCACUAGUGCUGUGAACAGCCUAAAUGUCCUAGUCAAAGAACUUACAAGGAGACACAACUUACUUAGAAAUGAAGUUCAGGGUCGUGCAGAUGCCUUAGACAGACGUAUCAUGGAAUAUGCCUCAGAGCUGGAUGAUGGCCUGAAUAAGACCAUGACAGUUAUAAACAAUGCCAUGGACUUCAUCCGGGACAACUACAUGCUGAAAGUGACUCUCAGUACAAUGAAGGGUAGUCCUGAUGUCCAUCAUAAGUGUCCCCAGAAUAUGGAAACAGUUUUGGCAUUUCUGGCUCAAUUCCAACAUUUGAAUAAUUCCAUUCAUACUCUGGUCAAUGACAGUCAGAGAUAUGACUUUGUCCUUCAAGUUGUCAAAGAGCUAGUGGCCCUCAUUGAAGACAAACACCUAAGUCAGCUCAGCUUUCAGAAGAUUUACCGGAUGUUCAAUGAAACUACUUUGCAGAUGAUGCAAUGGCAGGAACAUAUGAAUCACUUGGAGGAAAAGGUACUCUCAGACACAAAGCUAACAAAAAACCUUGACAUUAGGUUACAAGAUAUGGAGUCUAAAGUGACCAAGAUACUCAUACCUUACUUUGUGUCACUUAAAAAGAAUGGUAAAUCUGCCAAUGAAAGGAACCACACCCUUCAACUACAGGUCUUGACUUCUAGAUUUAAAGCACUGGAAGCAAAGUCUAUCCAUCUUUCCAUCAAUUUAUCAUUGCUUAACAAAACUCUCCAUGACACUUCAGCAAUGUGUUAUCAUGCUUCUGAAGCUAUAUCAGAACUGAAUGCUACACUACCAGGAUGGAUAAAAGCCUCCCUCCCGGACAUUCAGUUUUUUCAGAAAGGUCUGACAGAAUUUGUGGGACUGGUUGUUGAAAGGAGAACUCAAGCUGUCAUAUUGAAUUUAACUGAGUAUAUCAAUCAAUCUUUGUCGAGUAGUCUUGCAAAUGUUCUCAAGUCUCAAACACCAGUGAAACCAUUGAUGAAGAAAGCCAAUAUUCUUAAGAAACCAACAGUGAAUGUCACCACCAUCAUAGUAGGUCGGGCCCAAAGGAACACAGACCGCACGAUAAUUCCUGCGACUGCAGAGGAGCGUUUUGACUGCACUGCGUCCCCCUGCCAGAAUGGGGGCACAUGUAUAAAUGGGAAGAACAGUUUCAUCUGUGCUUGCCGGCAUCCCUUCACAGGAGACACCUGCACUGUCAAACUGGUGGAAGGAACUGCUUCAGCUCCAGAUUUUUCCAAAGGAUCUUACAGAUAUGCCCCGAUGGUGGCAUUUUUUGCAUCUCAUACCUACGGAAUGACUACACCCGGACCCAUCCUAUUUAACAAUCUGGAUGUCAAUUAUGGUGCUUCCUAUACACCAAGAACUGGGAGGUUCAGUGUCCCCUAUCUUGGGGUGUACAUUUUCAAGUACACCAUUGAGUCUUUCAGUGCCCACACCUCUGGGUUCUUGGUGGUGGAUGGAGUAGACAAGCUUGCCUUUGAGUCUGAAAACACCAAAGGUGAAGAGCACUGUGAUCGGGUGUUGACUGGAGACGCCUUACUGGAGCUAAACUAUGGGCAGGAAGUGUGGCUGAGACUUGUAAAAGGGACCAUCCCAGCCAGGUUCCCCCCUGCUACUACAUUCAGUGGCUACUUGCUGUAUCGCACCUGAAUCAGUAGACUAGAGACCUGGCAUGGGAAGGAGCCAGAGUCUUUAUUUAAUCUCUGUAAGCAUAUCUGCUCUGUUUUUGAACUUUCUACAAGAAUUGAAAACCUGCUAUAUUUUAAUCUCAGUGAAGCUGUAGAUUUGUCUGUUUGAUACAAUUUAUUGAGAUAUCUUUUAUAUAACCUGUCUGUAGAGAGAAUUCUUGCUCCUAAAGAGAGUGAUAGAGAAGGUACAGUUCAUUUCCCUGGCUGCUUCUAUUUCUGUUUUUUUCUCAUAUUGUCAUUUCAGUGUAAGGUGAUAUUAUAAAAUGAUAGUUACCCAGGACCAGUGAGGUUCACUUGGAUAAGUAUGAUUCUUUGCAUGUGCUCAAUGCAAGUUUGAGCCUGGACCCCACUAUAUUGUUCUCUCUCUCUCUUUUCUCUCCCUCUAUUUUUCUCUUUCUAUCUCUCUCUUUGUCUGUCCAUCUCUCUCUCUGCCUCUAUGUCUAUAAAUAAAAAAAGUGUAAGCCACUCAAUAUUCUUAGUCACUAUAAUAUUUUUUUACUUUUGUUAUUCCUGUGCACAUAUAUAUAAAACUCACAAACUCAAAUUAAUCAGACUCUUUUAUUUUUAUCAGACUGUUUUCUGCCUUUAAUGCUCAUUGUUAAACCAAAUUUUUCAUAUAGAAAUUUUUGUUUGUAAUCAAAAUUAAGAAAUGAGCAUGAAACUAGAAAUAUUCUUAACUUCUGUUCUGGUUGAUGUCUCAGAGCUGAGCUGGCUGGGGAGAAGAGAUCUUACUGAGGGGAAAGUCACUUUAGGGGUGCCUGGGAAACUACUCCUGAGACAACUAAAUACUUACUUAGGCCUGAAAACCUUUCCUCAAUUCACAAAAGUAAAUAAAGCUUGAAAAAGUC